AGACAAAGAGAUGACGAGAAACAGGUGCUGAUCACAUCACAUUGUUCCAGUCAGGAUUGGGAGCAUCAUUGCUGGCUGCCCAUGCCAUCUCACACACACACCAAGCCCGCUUUCAGGCUUUCCUCCUUGGCAUCUGUGGCCUUGUGUGUCUUUUCAUUCACCUCCACCAGCCAGCAUUAGGAAAUAAAGAGGGCCAUUAAGGGCACUAAUCCUAGAAUAAUCAUGGAGCAGUGCAGCCUAAAGUGACCACAGUUUCAGGCACAUUCCCCCAUUCCAGCAAUCCUUUCCUUUCUCCUGCAAUCAAAGCUACAGAAAGGAACAAACCUAGGUACAUAGAUCAUGUCUUGUCCUCCAAUGGAUGCUAGUGCAGCCAAGAACCAAGGCAAAGGCAAGAAGAUGAGCAGAGGAGCUGGGAAGAAGCCAUCUCAGUCCUCUUGGAUGGUCAUGGGGUUCUACCCUUCCUCCUCCGACAAGAACAGAACCCAAUCGGCAGCGGCAGCGGCAGCAGAAGGCAAGAACGGCAGCACUCACAAGAGCAGCGGCGGAGGCGGCGGCAAGAAGAAGAAGAGGAUCAUCGGCAUCAGCCGGAGCAUGACGUGCGCGGGGUCCAUCUGCAGCACCAAGGAGAGCUCGGUGACGAGCCGGGGCGGCGCCACCGCCCGUAGCGCCUCGGGCAGGUCGCUCAAGGCUCCCGACGACACCGCGUCCGCCGCGGCCAUCUCCGCGACGUCGUCAUUCAACUCUGAGACUACCGCGGCGACCACCGUCAGCUCGUCCUCCCCGCUCUCGUCGGCGCUCUCGUCGCCACUGUCGUCGUUCGGCGGCUCCUUCAGGGCGGUGCAGAUCAGGAAGCUCUCCGGCUGUUACGAGUGCCACUCGGUGUUCGACCCCAAGAGCCUUGGCACCGCCGCCUUCCCCUGCGCCGGCUGCGACGAGGUGUUCGUCAAGGCCGAGUCCCUCGAGCUCCACAGAGCAACCAUGCACGCAGUUUCAGAGCUGGGCCCGAAUGACACGAGCAGGAACAUCGUGGAGAUCAUCUUCCAGUCGAGCUGGCUCAGGAAGCAGGGCCCCGUCUGCAAGAUCGAACGGAUACUCAAGGUGCAGAGCAGCGACCAGACCGUGAAGAGGUUCGAGCAGUACAAGGAGAGCAUCAAGGAGAUGGCGAGCAAUGAUGAAGGCAAGAAGAACCCCAGGUGCGUUGCCGACGGCAACGAGCUCCUCAGGUUCCAUUGCACCACCUUCACCUGCGCCCUCGGCGCAGCCGGCGGCACUGCCCUGUGCCGGGCGCCGUCGACGCGGUGCAAGUUGUGCGGUAUCAUCAGAGAUGGUUUCAGGUUUGACGGAGAUGGGAAGAUUGCGACAAUGGCGACGAGCGGGCGUGCCCACGACAUGGCGCAGGUGUCGCCGGACGGAGAGAAGAGGGCGAUGCUGGUGUGCAGGGUUGUCGCAGGGAGGGUGAAGAAGGCCACUGACACAAGCUCUUCAGAGGACUGUGACUGUGACUCUGUCAGCCCAUGCUCAGAGGGGGUCUACUCAGAUUUGGAUGAACUCUUUGUCUUCAAUCCUAGAGCUAUACUGCCUUGCUUUGUAGUCAUAUACAGUGGCUAUUAAGUCAUAACCACUAGUGUAACUUAAUCAGUUAAUUUUGCCGCUACUUUUGUUCUAAUUCACUCUGUUGUUGCUUA